AUGUCAGGCGGGACGUUCGCCUUCUUUCGUUUCUCUGUUAUAUUAUUGCUAGUCAACUUGGCCUGGACCGCCAGAUCCAACAGCCUGCUGGUACACAAACAUGCCGCGGAGCUCCUCGGGCCCCAAUUCAACUCCAAUAUUGACCGUGGGGAGCGGGAAAUAUACAUUGGGUUGAUUUUUUGCUUCUGGUACGAUAUAGUUGCCUGGGUCCUAUCAAUCCUCGACUCAUGCGUUUUACUCGUUUACAUGGGUUUAAUAGACCUGGGCGUCGUCGCUGCUUUGAUUCCCGCAGUCUACUGGCAGAGCACUUACAUACCCCGCUGGAAAAGCGCCUGUAAAAGUGCCACUUCGUGGCAGGUGUCAAAUGCCUCCGACGAAUCUUGGUUUACUGUCCUAGCGAAGCUCCAAAAACCUGCCGACCCGGAUCCAAAGGGUUGUUGUGAGAAAUACGUGGAAACCUGGAUAUUUACUGUUGCUGUGAUAGUUAUAUUCUCGAUUUUUGGCAUUUUAAACAUUCUUGCUGGUGCCCGAAACCAGUUAUUCACUUUAUACGGACUUAAAAGACCGUGGAGCACGGAUAUGAUACGGAACAGAACUUUCUUGCGUACACUGCUUAAGUACCUACUGUUGCCAUUCUACAUUAUCUGGCACUUCUUCGUCUUUCCUAGAACAAGGGCAAAGUGGUAUUUCUGCUAUCGCUACUGUGUAAAGGUGAUAUACAGGCACAGAGGACGCCGCUCAUCAUCGACGGCAAGGUUAGUUCAGGACAACCCGCCAUACGAGAACAAUACCAUCUUCCGGGACACAUAUUCGGAUCGCCUAUCUCGGCUGCUGAUUCUCGACAUCUCAACAUUGAUUGCUUCUAACCUGCACUAUACCGAUAUUCAAAGUCUCAGUUUGGCCUCAAGCCACAUCCGGGAGACUCUCUUCCCAACUGGGAACAUCAGACACCACACGGCGCAUUUUCGACUGAACAGUUGUAACCUGACUGGGAAGACGAGAUGCUGGCACUGCCAAAUCCAGUUAUGUGAUGGUUGUGGAUUUGAGCGCGAACUCCGUGACACACCAACUUCUCUCCACCUAGAAGACUGCAAACCCCGCUGCACGACGUGCUACAAGGAUACCACCUCCGGGCAGAGUAGCUGUAAAUGCAGACCGUACCUCACAAAACAAAUGGUCUGCGUGAAUUGCCGCAAACUCCCAAGUGAGGUGCUGGUCACUCAUCGCGAUGCUCGGGAUCGGGCCAAGCUGGAACGGUCGCUGAUGCAGCCAGUACCCUGCUCGCACUGCGGGGCCGGUUUGGAAACGGACGGGCCGCGUUGGUGGGUGUGCACUAGGUGCGAGAGAGAAUGUGCAAACCAUAUUCAUCCUGGUUGGGCUCCAAAGUCGGCGGUUUAGUUUCGAGUUUCUGGGGCACGGCGCAUUACACGAACAUGGCGGUGGGUGUGCACGAGAGAAUGUGCAAACAUCCAUCGUAGUUGGGCUCCAAGGUCGGCGGUUUGGCUUUGAGUUUCUGGAGCACGGCGCAUUAUUUUGAUUAACGAACACGAACAGAAAUGUUAAGACAAAGAUAUGGCAUCAAGAUCUUGAUGAACCGGAGUUGAAGGACACAAUCCCUUUUCAGGCGCAACGUUGAGAUUAGACUUCAAAUUUCAGGACUCGGUGGGCUAUAGAUAGGCUGCGCACUACUCGCUCAAUACUCGGCUCACUCGCUCAGUGGGUUACUCAGCUGGGUGAGUAGCUGAACC